AUGCAAUCCGUCUCGCGCGGCCUGUCCAACUUCAGCCGCGCCUCCGACCAGAGCAUUCGUUGCGAGAGCCCGUACCAUGUCCCAAUGCUGGUGAACGGCCACAAGUCACAGGGCCCGCUCGUCCAUGCGACCGGCAAAGGCUGGGUCAAAGAGCACAAGGGACAGUAUUAUGACGCGCUCCAUGUCAAGAACGGAAUCGUCAAAAUUUGUCUCGUCGAAAGCCAGGACGGCAUUGCGCCGCCGACCAAGAGAAUCAUCUUCAACUUCGCCAAAGAGGUCGGCAGCCCGAGCGCCGUCGACCGCACCGACUACGGCACAGCCUCCGGCAGCGCCCGGGGCUUCGCCCAGCACCACUCGCAACAGCUCUCGCGCGCCGCCGUCUGUGGCGACGCGCAAAACAUCAACAACGCUGCUCGCGCUGAGGUGCUGACUUCGAAGCUCAGCACGCUCGUCGCUAGUCUUGGCAAGUGCGGAGCGGAUGAGCUGGCGGGAAUUUCGCUCUCAUCGUGUGCUCUGUCGUGCUUGAGGGCCGGAGGCGGCCAAGGCAAGCACGUCGACCUCCCAGGUCGACAUCCCGGGCGGCUCUCUGUCGUCUACUACCUCCAGGAAGAUAGCUGGGACGCGGCUUCCAACAGCGGUCGCCUGCGCAUAUACAAAUCGAGCAGCGGGACCGAGGCGCUUGCGUGCGAUGAAGCGGGCGCAGAUCCAGACGUGGUCGCUGUCGAAGGCGCACUCGCGGACAUCGCGCCCAUCCGAGAUCGGCUGGUGCUCUUCUUCUCCGACGACCGCUGCCCUCACGCGGUGUCACCGUUGGACGCGGCCUCUGGAGCUCGAUACGCCGCGGUCGUUUUCUGCCAAGCGCAUGGGAGCUACGAGCGCGGUGGCGAGGAGGAAGACGUCGUCUACGACUGGGAGGCGGAGCCGCUGCGGCUGUCGGAAUCGUGCGAGCCCACGGACACGGCUGCUUACUCGUCGCCCAUCGACGAGCGCUUGUGUAUGCUCGAAGAGAUCUACGAGGCGCUGGGGCCGACGGCUACAAACUUUAGUGGGCUGGGCAGCGCGGAACUGGCGCUGCUGAGCUCCAAGGAGCACGGCGGCGAAGGGGCGCACGUCUAUGGAGACACCGAGGGCGAGCUGGUGGCGCAUCUGUUUGGGGAGAUGCGGCCGGCGGUAGGCGCUGCGGAGGAGGACGUCGUAAUCUGCGACCUCGGCUCUGGCAACGGCAAGCUCCUCCUGCAGCUGGCGCUGCUGACGCCCGCGACAAGGCUGGCAGGUGUGGAGCUGUCCGCCACCCGGCACGCGCAGGCGACGGCUGCGCUCGCCCAGGCGGCCGAGCGGCAGGUCCUCUCCCCAGCGCGCGCCCGGAGCAUCGAGCUCAGCUGUGGGAGCAUGCUCGAUCACGCCGCGCUGUGUGAUGGCACGCAGUGCUUCUGCUACUCCCUUGCCCUGGACACGCCCUUCAUGGAGGCGCUUGAGGCUCACCUCGCCCGCACGCUGCCAAUGGGGGCGCUCGUUCUGCUCCGCGGCAAGCGCUUUCCGGGCGGCACGUGGGCUGAGCCGGGCACGGGCGCAUCGCGGCGAGGGAUGCAGCCCGUGCUCGAGACGCGCAUCGUCAAUCGUAUGCACCAGUUCUACGGUUACCGCAUAGCCGAUGCUGGCGCCGCGCCGCCUGACGGCGCCGCGGACGCCGCAGCCGAGCUGCGGCUGCUCGAGCUGGAGCAACGUAGCGCUCCGCUCGCUGCCGCAACGUCACGCGAGUUCGUGCGAUCCUUCUUUGCGCCGACAGAGCCUGAUGUCCAUGAGCUUCCUCCUUUGUUUUAA